AAUGGGUUGGCGUGUUGUGCACCAACUAGCACUCCCUGAGUCGGUGUGAGUGCCCCGCGGAGGUCGGCCUCCUCGAUAGUAAGCCGCGGCUGACACAGAGGCCAUCGCUCAUUGGAUUCUGCUCGAGAAAUCUCGCCGGUAGGCAGCACAUAGAUGCCGAGAGCGAUGCACACACACACACACACCACUGUGCUCUUCUCGUCAGCCGUGUUUGCGUCGCGCCAUGGCAGCGGCGGCAGAGGUGAGGUCAAACACCGUACACACAGACGCAAUCAUGAUGUGCCACUGUCAAUGAUUCAUUUCUUUGCUUCAUUCGUCAGGCGAUUGGACGCUCUGCGCCGUGCCGUUACCGGGAGGGCAGUCGCGUGCAGAUGGUGACCAGCAAGCGGGAGAAGGGCAAGCAGAGGUGGGUCAAGGCCGACGUGUAUCGCAUCGAGGAGGGCAGUGGAGGGACGGCGCUUCACUUGAGGGAGGUGCGCGGACUCCGGGAGGAGUUCAAAGUGCUGGUGCCGCACAACGAGACCACGGCGCUGACAGACACGAAUCAAAUGGCACCCGUGGUGGGCAAACACACCUCAACAGAAAGGUCCCUGGACCACUGUGUGAUGUCUGUCUGUGGUGUUUGGAUGUGUGAUCUGUCUGUGUGCAGGUGUGGGAUGUUAGCAAGAAGGUACAAACAGCCACUCUCAUGUCUAUCUCCCUUGGUCUUGUCUUUGGUGUAGGUUCCUGCACGCUUCAGCGAGGACCUUCUGGCGUCGCUCUUCAGCUACUUGGCCCCUCGCGAGCUGUCGGCCAUCUUCCCUCCCCCUCGCAUCACCGACUCCCUCAUGGCGUCGUCUUCCACCCUGCCGUCGACCAGUGGCGGUGCGCUGUCUGCGGGCGCCGCCUUCGGACCCAUCAAGGACGAGACCACAGCUGUGGCGGGUGUGCCAUCGGGAUCAUCUCUGUUUGGCGGCUUAUCUCUGACCGGCACUACAACGGGAGAAGGGGGCUCGUCGCUGUUCACAUUUGGCGCAGCCACAUCCACACCCAAGCCACGGUUCCGCGCCAAGCCGGUGAAUGCCACCCCUUCACCCGACUUCGGCGGCAUCUUCGCGCCUGGCAGUGCCAAAGCACCAUCUGCAGCACAGUCGACAACCGCACCCGCCAGCAAGCCAUUCGCAAUCGGCAAGGCAUCAACGAGGGGAGGCGGGGGCGACCCGUCUGGUGGUGGGGCAACAUCGGGUGGUGGGGCAACAUGGACGGGCAGCGGCACUGGCAGAGGGACGGCUGGCACAUUCACCUUUGGCGGCGCUGGUGAGUGACGAGGGGGCAGCCACACAUGAAUGGAUCAACCGCAUGCUGCCUGUAUGUGUGUGUGGAUUCCGAUCAGGUGUGGCGUCGUCUCCAUUCAGUGGAGCGUCAUUCUCGACUCGGGGCAGUAUGCUUGGCGGUGCGGCCUUCGGGCAGCAACGACCCGGCGGCGCCGCACAGAGCAGCCCCUCCCCCAUCCACACGGCCGCCGUUCAGCAGCAGACACACGUCGCCAUCGACUGCAGCACCGGGGACGACCGCCAAUUCUGGGAGCGCAUGACGCCUGAGGAGACCUUCGAGCUCGGCAAAAGGCUCGUCAAUUUGACAGCCCUCAGCCUCGUGCAGCCGCAUAACGAGAGGUGGUGGUGUCUGGGCAGCAUGAUAAGCGUCGUGGAGGGCCAUGCGGCCGGGCGGCGCAAGGCGCGCGAGAAGGAGGGGCAGCACCACAUGGCGGAGGGCAGUCUGGAGACCAUCCACUUCACCACCACCACCACCAGCCCCAGCAGCACCAGCUCCCCGCCCUCCCUCCCUGCCCCCCUCACCGAGCCCCCGACCCUCCAUGCGCUCAGGGCCGUCACAGGAGUCGUCCAGCAGCACAGUGUGCUGGCCGAAAGGGAGUGGAAGAUGCCCGCACUCGAGUAUGUGGAUCAGGGCGGGUGGGAUGCCACCACGCUGGGCCAGUUCUUCAGCUCGUCGUCAUGCCUGAAACAAGUGCGGGGGCUUUGGCGGACCUGGGGCAAGUGGGGGGAUCUCUUUGAGCACAUUCCCGCCGCAUCCGCCGGCCAGCCAGGGCCGCUCAGACACCUCCAGAUCAUCGGAGGCAUCGAGCAUGAGCGUUAUCGGCGAACUUUAGAGCAGUACCGAGCAGAAAUCUCGCGGCUCCAGGUAGACAAUCAGCACAGACGAGAGGCCUCACCUGUGCGUGUGCACACACACACGAUUGGUGUCAUUCUCUCUUUGUUUCUUUCUAGGAUGUGCUCACGUCGUGUGGCUGCCAGAAGUCGCUGACGCGGUUCGACGUGCAGAUCCCACCAUUCGCGAAGUACGACGACCUUGCCGCCCUGCUGACUGUCGACGGCUUCGUCAGCACGUGCUGCGCGCCCGAUGUGCCGCUCACCGUGUCGAUUGAGGUGGGCAAGUUCGAGCUGUCCCUCUUCUACGCCGACGCAUUCCCCCAUCGCCCAUCCCCCUUCUUCAAGACGGCCAUCAAGGAGGCGGCGAAGCAAGCGAGAACGGUGUCCUACACCAUCAGCCACCACGACAUCACCCACCCCCUCAACAGCCCCAGCCAGGCGGCCAUCGAGAUCGCACAAAGCCUCUCAUUCGACAAGGUGGACCACGUGACGGUCUACAAUGCCCCCGGCCUCGCCCCUCCAGGCGCCCCCCCACCCAUCCCCACCAUCGUCACCCACCUGCAGCAGUUCCCAAGCGCAAGAGAGCUGGAUGUCUACAGCGGUCUGGUCGCCGCUGCGGGCCGGCUGCUGGCGCUGAAGAUGCCCAUGCAGGUGGGGCGUGUGGUGUUUGGCAUAGGUGUGAGCGGAGAGGACAGGCUCGGUGUGCUGGACGCGCUGGAGCAGAAGAGAGAGGUGCGCACUGUCGAUGUGGGUGCGUUAGAUCCGGUCAGUCUCACGCAGGGCGGCGCCUUUGACGGCUGGGGGUCGAAUCACCUGCCAUCGAUUCGCAACAUAGAACUGAACCUAUUAGGUAUGCCGGGAAUGCAGCGAUUGCAGGAAGGUGCUCGUCGAAUCAUCUUCUGUGUCCAUCCGCCUUGCCUGUGUGUCGUCAUUCAGCGCCCCGUGAGUUGGAGAAGGCUGCGGCUGUCGAGCUCCUUGGCCACGGCGUGACGUCUCUGCUCACCGCUGGCGUGCGGGGCCUGACGGGUGUGCGGCUGCGGCUGGUAGCGCGUGACGACAUUCUCACAGCGGUUCGUCAGCUGCUCCCUAACGGGACGCGAGUGGCCGACUUCACCAUCAACACGCGGGAUGAGUCUAUUUCUCGCAUUCUGGUGGAGGCAACUCGUCGCUCCUAAACGGUGAGAGGUCGAACUUUUAGACUUCGCUUCGCUUUGUCCGUGCACACGGGUGUGCGUGUUGGCGUGUGUGUGUGUGUGUUGUGUGGUCAGGCUGUCUGUCUGUCUGUCUGUCUGUCAGACAGCACCGUAGUGUAGCUGUGCGAGCAAGAUGGCGUACUCCUUUUUGAUGUGCUUAUGGAUCCCUGACUUCGGAAUCGUUCAAGACUCGAUCGCAUGCGCCUUGACGUUUAAGACUCCUUCAUUCGAAUUCACAUCAUCAACACUCCUUCAUUGAGAUGGCUUGAUUAGCUGAGAGAGAGUGGGGUUGUGGUGUGUUAACCAUCCAUUUGGUGCGGUGUUGGCGUGAUCAAUUGAAAAUUGUGAGAGUCAAGGGGUCUGCUGUGAUGGCUGUGGUGCGUGUGUGAAUGCUGCCUUUCCUACUUGGGGAACACACGCUGAACCAUCUCGACUGUCUACUUUCUGAGCCGUGCUUACACUCACACCUGCACACCUAACCUCACCUUAAUUAGCUGCCGCAUUCCUUCCGAUGGCCCUUUUGCCUUUGCACUUCGGCACCAUUGCCGCUGGCGAAGUACACCAAAGAGAGCCCCACUCACGAACUCACGCACUCUCUCACUGACUCACUCGAUCGUUUUCUUAGCAUCUCGCAUCCGCACAGUACUUAGUAAGUCACCUUCUCUGCCGCCAUCAGCACAGCUCGG